AUGGAUGCCAGGCUAUGGCGUUGGUCGAAGUGGAGGGUGGAGGCAAAGGCUGCCGUGAGAUGCAGUGCGGGCGGAGGCGCUGGUCUGGAUGCAUGGAGGGCCAGUUGUGAUGUUGAUGAAUGGGAAGGAGAAGUCGGAGAAAGCACGCACAUUCAAAGUUGCGUGUGUCACUUGGACGACGGACGAUGUCAGCGUUUGCAUGGUACUGGUUGCACAUUGACUCUGUUACUGUCUGGUGUCAGGUAUUGUCGUAUUGAGGGGGAACAGUGUGGUCAACCAAUCAAGUUGACCUCAUGGCUGACAAUUAUCCCCUGGGCGGUUCGGGUUCAGGCAGGUGCUCGCGCUGCAAGAAGCAGCCUCCCAGCAAGCAGGGCACAGGGUCCAUUUGGGGAAGCAUGCAAUGCACUGGAGUCUGGUGCUGAAAAACUUAAUCAAGUAGGGACAGGAACGUUGACUGUGGCAUCUACGGUGUUGGGCAAACAUGAACCAAAUACUUUUGAUGAGAGAGUGUCUGGGAGAUUCAAGCCUGUCUGGUGGGUCCCCUCCGGGGCAUCUGUGGCUCAAGCGGCUUGGUUCAGGCGUUGGCAGUGCCUUCUGGUGGUCUGGCGUCAAUCGAGAUGGCACAUUAGAUUCAACCAGAUGCAGCCGAUUCCUGGUACCAGACCGGACCAGACCUUGGACCCCAUCCAGAGCCCUGUUCUAGUUUUGGGUGUGUUUGAAGGCCCCAUUGGGGGUCAAUCCAGUUUCUCAGUCUCAGUAUCUCCGGCCACAAGUCGAAACCAAUACAUCAACUCUGUACAGCAUACGGAGUACAGAGAUAUUGGAUCCUAUUUUCCAUCCUGGUCCUCGUUGUUUAGAAAUUCUCUCACCAUCCAGAAUCCCGCUCACAAACACUCUCAAAGCUACAGUACCAUUUCCUUCAUUUUGUUCACUCAUUUCACUUGCGCCACUAGUUUGUUCUCCUGGUCCAUCACUUGGUCAGCUGAGCACCUCCAUUCGCAGAUAGACCCGCGUGGUUUGAGCUGCGUCGACGACCAACAAGUCGUCUUUCUCACACAGACCAGGUCCAAGUCAAUUUGGUAA